AUGGGCUCAGUCAAUGUCCCGGUCCCAGGACCAGCGCGUCUGAAGCGCUCUGCUGGACCAGAUGAGUGGCUCGAAGCAGCAAAAAACUGCAAAUAUCUCUCAGAAUACCACAUGAAACAACUCUGUGAGAUCGUCAAAGAGUACAUGAUGGAAGAGUCAAAUAUUCAACCUGUUUCUACCCCAGUCACCAUCUGUGGUGAUAUUCAUGGGCAAUUCUACGAUCUCUUAGAGCUCUUCAGAGUAGCAGGAGGCAUGCCAAAUGAAUCAGCACCCCAAACCCCCGUCACACCUGCAAACAUCAUCACAUCCGCCGACAUCGAGCCACCCACUACCAUUACAAAUCCGAAACUCAAGAAGAGACUGAAACUUGGCGGUGCAGAACACCCAGACACGCAAAGUGAAAAGAGCAGCGAGAUCAGUGAUGCUGAAGAGAUACCCUCAUCACAACAGUCGGAAGUGGAAGACGAACGAUCAGAGUCAGGAAAUGUCAUUUCACAGCGACAAAACGCAAAUUUCAUAUUCCUCGGAGAUUACGUCGAUCGUGGAUAUUUUUCUCUUGAAACCCUCACCUUGCUCUUAUGUCUGAAGGCUAAAUACCCCGAAAAGAUCACAUUAGUCCGUGGAAAUCACGAGAGUCGUCAAAUCACUCAGGUGUAUGGCUUCUAUGAAGAAUGCGUGCAGAAAUAUGGAAACACUUCAGUAUGGAAGGCAUGUUGUCAGGUAUUCGACUUCAUGACACUCGGGGCCAUAGUUGACGGCAAAGUCCUAUGUGUUCAUGGAGGCUUGUCGCCAGAAAUUCGCACCCUCGACCAAGUCAGAGUCGUUGCUCGAGCCCAAGAGAUUCCUCAUGAGGGUGCCUUCUGCGACUUGGUGUGGUCAGAUCCAGAAGAUGUGGAAACCUGGGCAGUAUCUCCACGUGGCGCUGGUUGGCUCUUUGGAGACCGGGUUAGCCAGGAAUUCUGCCACGUCAAUGGACUCAACCUUAUCGCCAGAGCACAUCAAUUGGUCAAUGAAGGAUACAAGUAUCACUUCAAGAGUCAAGAUGUGGUCACAGUCUGGAGUGCACCAAAUUACUGCUACAGGUGUGGUAACCUUGCUUCAGUCUGCGAGAUUGGUGAAGACAUGAAGCCCACCUUCAAGUUGUUUAGUGCGGUGAAAGAUGAGCUACGACACGUUCCGCCUUCGAGAGGUGGCCGCAACGAAUACUUCUUGUAA